AUGAGCCCGGUGGCGAUCGUCCUGACAGCUCUUGCAAUGCGGGUGGACGAUCAAGGGAGCACAGCUGCUGCCGAGAGCCUGAUUCUGUCAGGGUCGUUACUCUUGAUGAUUGCAUUGGCAUCGAUGCUUUCAAUGGCCAUGCAUUCUACAUACCUUCCGGACGACAGCUACAAGAAGACCAAAUCCGCCCUGGGUCUUACGAAUGCCUUUGGAUGCAUCGUGCUUGCCACGGGCGUCGGCGUAUAUCUCGCAAACAACGGAGCAGCAAUGCGACGAAUCGAUUUCGCGACCCCGGUCGUCGCCGCUGUUUUCAGCACAUUUGCAUUUUUCUCCAAGUUGGCGACGGCAUCAAUACGCGCGUCCGCAGGUGGAACGAUAGAGCGCAUACUGAGUCUCGCGAGCCUAACAGCAGUCGGGUCGACGCUCUUCCAAAUCGCCAUGGAAUUUGAUGGCUGUGUCCGUUUCAAAUGCAACACCAUAGUAGGAAGCAGCCUAGCAAGCAUAAUUGCUGGAUCUAUUGCCCAAACCUUGGGAUUUGCGCUGGAUCAACUGUUGGAGAUUCGGUACUGCGAGCCUGCCUAUGAUCCUGCUUCCAUCAAGCAAAUCAAGUCCCGCAGCAUCCGGAUAUUCUGCGAAACUACAGAGUUUUAUGCCAUUCGGGAUUUCACCAGAAGCAGCCCUGUGUUUCUCUAUUACUACUCAACAUCCUCUCCUUUGCUGCGGCCACUCUUGCAAUAUUUGUCCCUGGCGAUGAUGGCCUCCUACCUGGUCUUUGUGAUUCCGUAUUCCUCUUUCCAAGCCCGCCUGCCACUUGCCGCGGCGCUGAUGGGACACCUUGUGUUUUCGUUGGCGGGGAUACUGACGCCGUUCCUGGCCUUUGUUUGGAUCAUUCGGGGGAGCUCGGCCGUACUAUUAGCUCUUAGUCAAAAUACGUUCUUUUCGCGAUUUUUGUAUGGCGGACUCGCGGUCGGGUACGCGACCUUUCUAUUCGGGUAUCUUUCUCCGGAAACCGCCUCGCAAGGCACGUCGCUUCCCAACGUUGGGGCCACGAUAUUCAUGGCAUCCUCGAGUCUUUCUAUGGCGCUCUUUGUGAUUGAUGAGUCAUGGACCUGGAUCGCUGGUCGUGUUCGACUAUUAUCCGGCAUCGAUCCAAUCCAAGUACAUGUCGGUCUCAAGCUUUCGGGAUCAGCAGCGUUGUCGAUAUCGGCGUUCAUGGCUGGAUACCUCUUUCUUAUCGCAACAAGCGACGCAGAGCCAAUGAACUCUCCUGCAACUGCCGCGUGGGGCACAAUUCUGUAUAUACUCUCGUAUACGUGCUUCUCUGCCCAUCGCUACAUGGCUUUCGACGGACAACUUGUCAAUCAGCGCGAAGUUCUGAUCUUGGAUACGAAAAUCCCUUUGGAGCAGCCGCUGGAUCCCUCCCAGAGGGCCAUCUCAAUGAUCUCGCUAGGCUUGACGGUGAUAUCGCUGGCAUUCAUCAUCAUCGGGGCAGCCACAAUCGGAUCCACAGGGACCAGGAUUCUCGAUGCGACGACUCCGCCGAUCCUCGUUGCCGCUGUGGUCCUCGCUUCAAUUGCGACGGUUCUUUCGGUUGUUUUUCGGUGGAAAUCGCUCAAGUUUGCUGCUAUCAUCUGUGGCCUUGCCGCUCUCGGCACUAUUGGAGACACGAUGGCCAUAUUCGCCCAGAGCAUCAGCGCUAGCUCAAUCACCGGGCUCUUUGGAGGGGCUAUUGCAAGUCUGGCCAUUGCAAGCCUAAUUUUCACUAUGGUUCCCAGGCCGUUAUAUCCAACAAAUCCAGGGUAUAUUGUCGUUACCCUAGUGAUUCAGUUUAUCGCAUACUUUACCUACAUGAUAUCGUUCAUUCUACUUGACGAGACAACCAACGCAAGCCCCAUCGUAGAAGAAUACCUCCAACUCAGCUUUCCUAGUGUUCCAGCUUGGAUUCUGAUAUUUAUCGAGUACAGUCGACGCCACUCAUUGGCGGCCGAUCAAGACGCUGUGCACCUCGCCUCCAGGAUGAUAUUUGCCAUGCUCAGCGUUAUCAUUGGAGGAAGAUGUCUAUGGCAUGCCAUUCUAACGGGACCAAACGAGACACUUGGCACCGGUCAAAUACUAAAGCUGUGCGGGGCAUUGUGUUGGGUAGUCAUUUGUAGCUUUUAUAUACUGGUGUCAUGCGGCGCCAAGCCGAGCAUUUGCUUCGAGCUACGGAAGCCAAGAUCAAGCGAGGGUAACAAGACGCCAGCAAAUCAUGAGCAAAGCCCUGGCUCCAGCCCGACACCGGAGAUGACCAAUCAGGAUUGUGCCACCGGAGGGGACUUGGAAACACCAGAUAUUGAAAGAACUGUGGCUGUACAUGGGCAGACCGAGCAGACUAAGCAGACCAAGCAGGUUAAGCAGACCAGGCAGGUUAAGCAAGCCAAGAGGGCCAAGCAGGCCGGCUCAGAGAUGCCAUCCACUCGUUUUUCAACCGCGACGAUAGAGAGCAUGGCGAAAGCCGUGCGAAGGCUCCAGAGAUCUGCAGUGGCGGAUCCUGGUCGUAGAAGCAAUAGCGACGAUCCUGUCGAAAAUAGGGGCGGCCUUGAAGUCCAGAAUGGCACACGUGACAGUGACAGUGACAGUGACAGCAACAAUGACAAGGGUAAUGUCGCAGAGCAAGAGAGAGAAAUCGAUCGCACCACGAAUGAUAUAGUUCAUGGAAAACCCGAUCUCGACCACAGCCCUCUGUCCGAGCAGUCAACGGAUAGGCCUCGCAGUGGCUUCCGAGUCGCAACGCUGCUUGGGGAUUUCAAAGCCCUUCGCAAUGAUGCCUCAAAAGCUAUUCGCCGGCUCGUAGCGUCUCCAAAGCGUCCCGAAAACACCAAGAAUAUGGCGAGGCCCUCCGAGAAUCGCACUCAAAAUACCCAACCUUCAUCAUCGUUAUACAGAAUUCCGGUGUCCGAUGAUUCACCUAAUUUGCCCACAGCGACCCAAUCGAUUUUGACAGAUGAUGCUACACAAAUUGCAAAGCCCAACAUCGAUGCUGAACUGCCCACUCCACUAGUGAACGGAUGGAGAGAAGGUGGCCCAUCGCGCAAUGAUGCACACUUGUUUGGCCAGAAAUGGAUCAGGAAUAGCCAGGUGCUCGAUAUUGAAGAGCUUGACCUCAGGGAAUGAUGUCCCCUGAGCUCACCAGUGAGUCGC